GCCAAUCAGCUUACAACACAUGUCCUUGGACUGGGGGAGGAAACUAGAGCACCUAGAGGAAACCCCUGAAGCAUGGGGAGGAGGGAUCUGAACCCCCAGCUCCGGAGGUGUGAUGCAACAGUGUUAACCACUAAACCACCAUGCCACAGUAUUACCUUUAUAUAUAUAUAUAUAUACAAUUUGUUGUAAACUUACUGUAAAUUGAACAAAACACAAUGCAAUAGGCUAUAAUGUUGAUAAUAUGUAGGCUAAGUAGGAACAGAAUGUUCGUUUAGUUGGAGAUGGAUGAUUCCGUGUAGCAGCUCUGAUCUACCGGAAACACGGAAACUGCGGCUGUAAUAAACUGCUGUAUGGGCGCGUGCUGCCACAGAGACGCCUAAUCGCGGCGCGAGCGCCAUCUGCGUGUGUGUUUGUGUGUGUGUUUGUGUGUAUGUGUGUGUGUUCAUCUGUUCACGAGAGAGAGAGACAGAGAGAGAGAGAGAGAGAGAGCAGCAGCAGAAGAAGAGUUUCAAUCAGUUUACACACAUCGCCUUCAUGGAUGUAUGAGAUCUCCGUCACGCGCAGAGGCGGUUUUCGGUUCCAGAGGGAGUUUGUUUUUCCGCACCGGCUUCCCGAAAGGCUGCACGCGAAAGCUCGCCCCCCCACCCAUCACCACCACCACCACCACCUUGUGCACAAUGCGCGGUGUGUGUGUCGGUGUUGGUGUGUGUAGCUGAGGGCGGACCACCAUGGCCGAGCCGGAGGCUAUGGACACGGCGAGACCCGCGCGAGACUUUCCCUCCGCUGCGCCGCGUGAGAGCGAUGCCGCUGCUGCUGCUGCUGCGGGCACGCGCGCGUUCCUCAACCCGGCCACUGCUGCUGUCCUCACCGGAGGACCCGGAGCGCGCGGAGCCGAGGCGGUGCACAGUAACGGCGGACACCGGAGCCGCGACAGCUCGGCGGAGAGGAGCCAAGGAGCCGGGAACGCACCUUGCGGCAUCAUGAAGAACAACUCCAAGCAGCGGCAGGUGAGGAAGAAGACAGUGUCAUUCAGCUCCAUGCCAAGUGACCGCAAGAUGAACAGCACAGCUGCCUGCAUGGCCUUCAUGUUGGAGGGAUGCGAGAUGAAAAAGGUUCGCUCCAACUCGCGCAUGUACAACCGGUACUUCCUACUGGACCCAGACUUGCGCUGGCUCCGCUGGGAACCUUCAAAAAAGGAUUCUGAAAAGGCUAAACUGGAGAUAAAAAGUAUCAAAGAGGUGCGGUUAGGGAAGAAGACCCCUGUCCUACGUAGCAACGGUCUCUCGGAUCAGUUUCCAGAUGAAUGUGCUUUCUCAAUCAUUUAUGGAGACAACUACGAGUCUUUGGAUUUAGUGGCAAGCACAGCAGAUGUGGUCAGCACCUGGGUGAUGGGACUGCGCUAUCUGGUUUCUUAUGGGCGGCACAUGGUUGGAGUGGUUGAAGCCACUCAGCCGAGCGUAAGAACCUCCUGGAUUGGCUCUGUGUUCGAGUUGGCUGAUGUCGAGAGGCAGGGACACAUUGACCUCUUCCGUGCCACACAGAUUAUCAAGGGGCUUAAUCCAGGCAUGAGGGAGUCACGGAUUGAGCUGAAGUUUAAAGAACUUCAGAAAGCCAAAGAAUGCUAUGGCGAGGCCAUUGACCUAGACUUGUUUGUAGAGGCAUAUUGUGAAUUGUGCACAAGACCUGAGAUAUUUUUCCUGCUUGUGCAGUUCUCUAGCAACAAGGAGUACCUGGAUUCUAAGGACUUAAUGUUGUUUGUGGAAGUGGAGCAGGGCGUAGAGGGAGUGACAGAAGAGAUGUGCCGUGAAAUUGUGAGAAAAUAUGAGCCAUCAGCUGAAGGUCGUGAUCACGGCUACCUAUCUAUUGAUGGUUUUACACAUUACCUCUUGUCAUCUGAGUGCCACAUUUUUGACCCACAGCACAAAAGCGUUUGUCAGGACAUGACACAACCCCUGUCUCACUACUACAUCAACUCCUCACACAAUGCCUCUUUGCUGGAGGACCAUUAUUGGGGCUCCUCAGACAUUAGCAGCUAUGUCCGUGCCCUGCGCAUGGGCUGCCGCAGCAUAGAGGUGGUGGUUUGGGAUGGCCCUGACUGUGAGCCUGUAGUCUACGUAGGCAGCUCUGUGGCCUCCCAAUUGGCCUUCUCAAAAGUCCUGGAUGUCAUUAACCAGUAUGCUUUUGAGAGCUCAGAGUAUCCUCUUAUCCUGUGCCUAGUGACACACUGCAGUGUGCCACAGCAGAGAGUCAUGGCCCAGCACAUGAAGAAGAUCCUGGGGGACAAACUCCACACAGAGCCUCCCAGUCCUGAGGAAAACUAUCUGCCCUCACCGGAGAAACUAAAGGGCAAGAUACUUCUGAAAGGGAAAUGCCUUCCACCUGAUAUACAAGAUUCUGAAGGGGAGGUGACUGAUGAGGAGGAGGGGCUUGAGAUGUCACGGCGCAUGGUGGGAGCAGAUGAGAAGGACCAUCUCAAUGGUUUCGGUUGCAAGAGGCUGCAACUUUGUAAAGAAUUGUCAGAUCUUGUCACCCUUUGCAAAUCUGUCCAAUUUAGAGAUUUUGACUCCUCAAAGAGGGAACAGAAGCACUGGGAGAUAUGUUCUUUCAAUGAGGUGGAUGCUAAUCGCUUUGCUAAUGAGUACCCUGAGGACUUUGUCAGUUAUAAUAAGCGAUUUCUAUCACGGGUAUACCCAACUCCCAUGCGCAUUGAUGCCAGCAAUAUGAACCCACAGGACUUUUGGAAAUGUGGUUGUCAGAUUGUGGCUAUGAAUUACCAAACACCAGGCCUUAUGAUGGACCUCAAUUUGGGUUGGUUUAGGCAAAAUGGCAACUGUGGUUAUGUGCUGCGCCCUGCCAUAAUGCGCGAGGAGGUCUCGUACUUCAGUGCCAAUGCUCGUGACUCUUUGCCUGGUGUAUCUGCCCAGCUCCUCCAUAUCAAGGUGAUCAGUGGCCAAAACCUGCCAAAACCUCGAGGCUCAGCAGCAAAAGGUGAUGUAGUUGAGCCAUACAUCUAUGUAGAGAUCCACGGAAUCCCUGCCGAUUGCGCUGAGCAGCGCACAAAGACUGUAUCACAGAAUGGUGACAAUCCCAUUUUUGAUGAGAGCUUUGAGUUCCAGAUCAAUCUGCCUGAACUAGCAGUUUUGCGCUUCGUGGUUCUUGAUGAUGACUACAUUGGGGAUGAGUUCAUUGGCCAGUACACCAUACCCUUUGAGUGCCUGCAGCCUGGAUAUCGUCAUGUACCACUGCAGUCACUUACAGGAGAGUUUUUGCCCAAUACCACAUUAUUUGUUCACGUGGCCAUUACGAACAGGCGUGGUGGGGGCAAAGCUCACAAGAGGGGUCUUUCUGUGAGGAAGGGUCGCAAGGCAAGGGAGUACACUUCAACCAAGACCACUGGGAUCAAAGUGAUAGAUGAACUUUUCAGGGCUUCCACGCAGCCACUUCGGGAGGCAACAGAUUUGCGGGAAAACGUGCAGAAUGCAAUGGUAUCAUUUAAGGAGCUAUGUGGGCUGACCCCAGCAGCUAACAUGAAGCAGUGUAUACUGACCGUCUCAUCAUGGCUGCUGAACAGCGAGAGGUCUCUGCGCGUCACCGUGGACUUGAGUGAGUCCUACCCCACCAUGGAGGCCCAGGGUGCUGUCCCGGAGUUACUGCGCAAAGUCCUCAUGGCCUAUGACACGAUGAUCCAGACGAGUCGUACUCUGAUCGAAUCAGCAGAUAGUGUCUACUCCAAACUUACCCAGUCACAACGAGCAGGGUUGGAUUUCCAUGAAGAUCUGCACCGGAUCGGCGCUAAGGAGGGCCUGAAAGGUAGAAAACUGCAGAAGGCCAUGGAGAGCUACGCCUGGAAUAUUACUGUUCUCAAGGGCCAGGCGGACUUGUUGAAGCAUGCCAAAUCCGAGGCGAUGGACACCCUGAAGCAGAUCCACUACGCUGCUCACUCCUGCGGCCUGGCCAAGAAUGGAGCCUCCACUUCACCAGCCUCGCCUUUGCUGCCUCCUUACCCGCGGUCCCUCGGAGCCUUACACACCAUCCCCGAGACAGACUACCCCACCACAGACACAAAUACCUUACACUGAUAUAAUAUACAUAGAGCAAGAAACAGGGAGAAAGAGAAAGAGGAAGGGAACAAGACAGGACAGGUGACCUUGGAAAGGUGGGAACAAAGCAAUGUCUUCAAGGACACAGAGAUAGGGGGAAUAAAAGGCCGUAGAAGCAUUAGAAGAAGGCAGGUCUGUACAGAUUGGUCCACUUCAGCUGUCUCUUCAGCAAUUGCUAGACAAGUGGAAAGCCAAGGACUCCACUUGCUCUGAGGCAUCUGUAAUGAGAAGGUGGAAAUGGCUGCUUUAUGUUACUGUAUGGACUCUGGUUAAAGCACUAACCCGAGCCUCUUACACUGUAACCUAAUGCUCAAACCUAAUCAGAAAUGAAACCUGGUCUUUUUAUCCUAGUUCUCAUCUUUGAAAGUUGUAUACUAGCUGUAAAGGUCAGGAAUGUCCCAUAAAUCUUAUAAUAGUAAUAAUAUUCAAAGGAAGCUCAAGUAAUAAAUAUAAUAAAUCAUUACGUAAAUCAAGGGCAGGCUGUAAUAAAGGCACAGAGACGUACCAUUUCAAACACACACACUCAUAUUUUAUUUUAUUUUAUGUUUAUAUUUCUGUCCUUUGGACUUUUAUCCAGGGGUUUUAUCCAGUGUGUGAAAGUGUGUUAUCUGUCUGUCCUAAUACUCACCAUAGUGUUCGAACUGGAACUUGGACUUCUCCUAUUGAGACAGACUGAACUCAAAGGAAAAAAAUACAGCACAGAGACUCAGACAAGCAAAUAAUCGGAAUUGUGAAUUAAUUCAGUCAAUAAUUUUUGAACUAAUUAAAGGACAAUUUACAGUCUAGCUCUGAGCAAUUCACACUGUUUGUGAACAAAGUGACUAUUGUAAUAACUACUGUAACUAUUGUGGGUAGAUAUAUUAAUAUUGCAGUUAUUUUAUAAUUACAGUAUGUCCUGCUGUACCCAUAGUCAAGAUGUCACUGGAAUGGAAAAGGUUAAAGGCCAAACAGGGUGAGUGGAAGGGGGGAGGGAUUUUUAGAGAAAGAGUAACGGGUGUUGUGGCAUCUGCAGAAUAACACCUCAUUUGAUUUCUUUCAUUUAUUAAGCCCAUAAUAUAUUAUAAAAGUGAAAUGGCGCUAGAACUA